AACACUCAAAACACAAUCGGCUUUGGAAAUUUACAUACAAAUUUUUUUAAAUUAUUCAAAAUUGUACUUGUUCUUAGUAAGCAAGAAUGCCACCCAAGGGUCCGGGUAAGAAGAAGAAGGAAGUGGAUUGGGCCGACGAUGAGCACUUCUCCAAAGAGCGUUCCAUGAUCUACAUCGAGCAUACGUACGAGUGCCCCAUUUUCCAGACCAAGGCCGACGAGUGUGGAUCGUUCCUGCAACAGCGAAUUCCGGAGCGCAAGUUCCAGUUGGUGAAGAACAAGUACGGACGACAGGUGCCCCGGGAAGGAGCCUUCGAGAUAGGGUUCUCGCAAAAUGCCCGCACCUCCGUGCAUCUUUUGUGGUCUGGCUUGGAGAAGGGACCGCCGCGUCGCGACAAGUUCCCCUUGGACUAUGAAACACUCGUUCCGGAUGUGAACAGGAUUCUCAAGAAAUUCUAUCCCGACAAGGCGGUGGGCGUGCCAGAGGAAGAUGAGGACGAGGAUAAGGAGGACAUGUAAACAUGUGCAGCAGCACUUUGUAUUUUUCCUAAAUUAUUAUAAAGUCUUUACCAUAACAAUGGCCAAUAUAGGGCGUGAAAAGUAAACAAUCAGCCGGAGACCUGUUGGAGCAACUUUAAGACGUCAUCCACCCACGCUGAAACGCUCAACGAUUAGUGCGAUUCUUCUUUGCCUUUUGUGUGCGGAAUAUUGCUCUCAUUGUUGUUGGCCCAACUGACGUCCUGACAUCACAAUUUGACAGCUCUUUUCAAAAGUUAAAUGCUUAAAUCGACCAGAAUAAUUAACCAAAUACAAUACCCGCACAUCAGCAGACACACGAUACAACACACUAUAUUCAUAUAGAUAUUUGUACUCAGCAUUCCCCGGGGACAUUAGCGACGUCCCAUUGUCUGCCGCAGAAAUCAAAGCGACGGGAUCGGGGGACGUUGUGGGUGACACUAUCUCGUUCACUCGGUGUUGACACAACAAAUGCCCGAAACACAAUUUCAAUGCACACAAUAGAAAAAGAAUAAUCCGAACAAUUUAAAUUGAAAGCUGAAUUUGAAACAAUAGAUACGCGCUGGGAUAUGCAAGUCAUCAUCUGAAUGCUCUAACAAAUAUUAUUCACUUUAAAGACAACGAAAUACCGAAUUUACAUAAUUUAAGUCGCCAUAUUGCUUAUUGCUUUCUUUUUCUAAGUCAAAAAAUAUCCGAAAAGGAGAUAUUUAAUAUCAAUUUCACUAGUAUUGCGUGGUAAAAACGAUAUGAGUACAAAUAGAAGAAAUUUACCACGCACGUUUAGCCCUGUCUUCAAGAUCUGCAUAAAGCAUGUGUCAUUUACUCCUAAAUAAAAUAAUGAAGUAUUUUCGUUUCUUA